AUGUUUGAUUAUCCAGUCUACACAACACGACGCGUUAUACCGCCCAACUCAUGCUCAGAUUCUUCCGUCGAUGGAAGAAGUUCUGAUAGCAAUUAUACGAGUAGUGGUGGUAGUGUGGUCAGUAAUGAUGUUCCGGGUAAAGGUGGCGGCGGUGGUGGCGGAGGAGGAGUUGCAGGUGGAGGAAAUGGUUGCAUUGGUGAUGGUAUAAGUGGACGUUUUACCAGACAGAGCGUAAAUUCAAGAUUUCCCGCCAUGGACUUGAAUGGCACCUAUCGUGUACAUAAACCACCCACAUAUUACCCUGGAAUGGGUGCCUAUGCCCAUCUACAACAACAGCAGUAUAAUAUGAAUUCCACCUAUCCGAAAGUAAAUUAUAAUUUAAAUGGUCAUCAUUAUCAGACGGUGACGCGAAGAAAAUCUCAGCACAGCAAUUUCCCAAUGCAUCCAAAUCAACAACAACAGCAGCAACAACAAUCCCCGCCAUAUUAUUAUAUCAACAACAACACAAAUCGAGCACAACAUUUUAAUCAUCACAAUAAUCAGCAAAGGAACAACAAUCCUAAUAACAACAACAUUGGCAGCAACAAUUACAACAACAAUUGUGGAAAUCAAGAGACUUUCAAGAAAUUUGAAAAUCUUCAAACCAAAGAUUCCAACAAUUGCAGUGACAAUCUCGAUGGCACCUAUACCAUUUGUAUGGGUUCGAAGCUGAGUGCAACCCUCCACCAGCAACAUCAACAAAUGACUGCGGCGGCAGCAGCAGCAACUGCCGCUUCUGCUAAUGGUCGUCGUUUCGUCAAUGUCGAUAAAAUUCUAACUCAUAG